CUUCAACGCGUCGCAGCUGGAGCAUGGAACCCCCUUAACCCCGAUGCGUGUUUAGCGUGUCGCGUCUAUCCGCCAUAUCAUAUCAUUUCCCUCCCUUCCCCUCAUCUUGAGUACGGGAUAUGCAUUUCAAUCUUCGUGCAUUCUACAUUCUUAUGAUUCUCCAGAACUACUAUUAGAGCAGCAUCGCCAGUUGACAGCUCUUUGCAACCCAUUCUUAUGAGCAUCAAGUCCUUCGCUAACCAUUUUCACCUCAUCUCUACUCGCUAUUGUGUUUACGCGUGAUUCCGAUAGCCAAGGCUUGCUGGACUGUCAACAAAUUCAAUACGCCCGACGACACCUCGUUAACGCGGUGGAAAAGGCCUCCAAAGAUUGAUCUUGAUUGUCAAUUAUCUUUCAUAACUCGGCUUCGGAAGCAAUGGCUACCAUUCGACAACCGUUCGCUGAGCUAGGCACUCCUCGCCUGCAGCAAUUGACCAGUAUCAAGAACCGUCAGAAUGCCCUCACCGAGUCGCUUUGCCAAUCUGCUCCAGCGAAGCCGACCAUGGCCACAUUCGCUUCUCCCGCCAAAAAGCGGCUGGCACCGCUCGAUUUUGAUGAGCCGGACACAGAGAACAUUGAUCCUACGGUUUUCGAUUCUCCGAGUAAACGGACCAAGAACAUCCACGGCCGCGCCGUGAAGACGCCCGUCUCCAAAUUCACCCUGACGUCCGCGGCUAAGGCGUCCACCCUUCCAAGCUCCAAGUCGCUUUCGUUGUCAAUUCCUUCUUCCACUUCGACUCCAAUCAGCACUUCACGUGCUUCGCCUAAACACAAACGCAUCGCUCACCUAUCUAACCGCCGCGUCUCAUCACCCUCCAUCCGACGCGUCGAUCCCCCCCGUUCCCGCUUACAUGCCCCCGCCGCCACCCUUCCCUUCUCCAUUGAUGCCGCGCUUUCCGGCACGCUUUCCAAGCCGCCUCCCCCAUCGGAGCCUAAGGAAGUCCCGAUGCCAACGUCAUGGUUUUUUGACAUCCAUGUGGACACUCCCGAAGAGGAAGCGUCCAACCUCAUGGAACACUCCGCGGCCGUCCUUGAUAUCAGCUCCGACGACGAUGCGGCCACGCGCCGCAAGCGCGAAGAGCUAGAGGAGCGCGAGCGUGGCAAGGAGAACAUCCCGCCACCUGACUUUGUCGCUGCGGUCGGGAACCGGAACGCGAGGGGUGAUGUCGCUGUCGAUGCAUCUGCAGAUCUCCAAGGAGAUGCGAUCGCGGUAGCCAAAACGGCGAAUCGGAAGUGGAGGGAGAAGCUCGCUGCAACGGCUAUGGACGAGGAUCGAAAUCCGUUGGGUGAUCUGAAGCCGUCGGAUUUCUAUGAUGAAAAGGCAGAGCUGGUGCACGUCGUUGUCGAGGACAACCAAUCUGAGCAACCUUGUGUGGCGUCAAAGGUGGAGGAAUUUGAGGGUACCGCUCCGGUAGUCAAUGAGGAGGGAGGCGCCGAGCCGACCAAAAUUGCCAAAGGCGAAGAGGUGACGAUAUUCCAGGAUCAGUGACGAAUCCAAUGUAUGCUUGGGGCCUGUUUGCAGGGUGUUUAAACGGCGUUGUUUGGAAUAUAUCAGGCUGGGAGGUAUUGUAGGAAGGUAAUAUCAGUACCGGCGUCACAUUUGGUCAUAGGGGUUCUUCAUUAAAGACUGGUUAGCUGGACUACUUUUAUCGAAUCAAGUUCGUUGAAGC